AUGGUAUCCGCAGCAGGGUAUGGUGGUGAUGAGCCUCCGGACAUAUGCAGUGGUGUUAGUAGGGUUAUACUGUGGUGUGGAGGAUGCGCUUAUGUUGGUGCGAAGCCUAUCCGCAAGUUCGGUUUCCUUGCGGACAAGAUCGUCGAGGGCAAAGAUGGUAACGGUUGCGGUUGGUUCCAUUUCGUCACCUUUGUGAUCGCGCCAGUAGAUGUCAAAGGCAUCCAUAAGCUCUAUGGCGUUCGGUUGGUUUUCGAUGAAGCUUAUGGCGUGUUCGUGGCGCUGUUGGAAUGUCUCCAAUGCUAUUUCAAUGGAGAUCUUAGCGUUUCCCAUGUCCUCGAUUCGACGCUGGAGAGUGUGGAGCUGUACUGCCGGGUGAGCGUCCGAACGAAAGACGGUUGGGUAGUUGGAAUUCGCCGAGUUGACCAGCCGCGUCAAAUUUUUGAUCGCGUUGGUCAAGCGUGCUUUGCAACCACGGAGCGUAGACAUGAUAGCCGUAUCGUAGAGUGA